AUGGCUUCCAAGGCGGCUCGAGGUCCGGACGCCAAGGCAGUUGGACCUCCCAACCAAACACUCUACUGCACCAAUUUACCAGAUAAGCUCACAAAAUACGAUCUGCGGCUGUCACUCUAUACCCUAUUUUCAACCUACGGUACCAUCCUUGACGUUGUAGCGAUGAAGACCCAGAAAAUGCGUGGCCAGGCCCAUAUCGUGUUUAAGGAUGUUCAGGCCAGCACACAGGCGAUGCGCGCUCUUCAAGGAUUUGAAUUCUUUGGCAAGGAGAUGAAAAUUGUCUAUGGCAAAGGAACUUCGGAUGUUAUUGGUCGACUCCGUGGUACAUAUAUUGCGCCCGCCACGGGGGCCGGGCCUAGCGGAGUUUCGACUGAUCUUCAAAAGUCCAUAUUCAGUGGCCCACCAGGCGCCAUCCCUGCACGACCGACCGAGGUCAACGGAGAGUCGCACGGUACCAAGCGAGCUCGGGAGGAGGAAAGUGAUGAAGAAGAAGCUCCGAUGGAGGAAGACAGCGACGUGCCCAUGGAAGCCUCAUCUGAUGAAGAAGAUUAA